CCACUUUAGAAAAAAAAAAUGAAUAGAGGGAGGAGACUUAAGGUCACGUUCAUCUCCCUCACUCUCUCAUCACGUACAUAAAUAAAGUUGUUGAUGGCCUAGAAUUCCAUACACAGGAAGAAAGAAGCAUAGAGAAAACUAUGUCCAUAGAGGGAAAUUGAAGGGUACCACUCUCUCAUCUACUAUUAAUGAUUGAAACUCGUGUUGGAAUUGUGUUGUUGGCAGUGGUAAGAGAGGAUAGAUCAUAGAUCAAACUGAAAAGUGAGUGUCUAGAUCAUAGGAUAGAGUAGAGACUAGAGUGAUAGAGAUCAAACAUGGGGAGAGGAAGGGUGCAGUUGAAGAGGAUCGAGAACAAGAUCAAUAGGCAAGUUACGUUCUCAAAGAGAAGGUCUGGUUUGCUCAAGAAAGCACACGAGAUCUCUGUGCUUUGUGAUGCUGAAGUGGCUCUCAUAGUCUUCUCCACCAAAGGAAAACUCUUUGAGUACUCUAGUGAUCCCUGUAUGGAACGAAUUCUUGAACGGUAUGAGAGGUAUUCAUAUGCGGAGAGGCAACUUGUUGCAAGUGAACCACAAACUGAAAAUUGGACUCUAGAACAUGCAAAGCUCAAAGCAAGGUUGGAAGUCCUACAGAAAAAUCAAAGAAAUUUUAUGGGACAAGAUUUGGAUGGCCUAAGCAUCAAAGAGCUUCAGAAUUUGGAGCAUCAGCUUGAUAGUGCUCUCAAACACAUUAGAUCACGGAAGAACCAACUCAUGUAUGAAUCUAUUUCAGAGCUUCAUAAAAAGGUGAGUCUUGUCUUCAUCUUUUUAUUAAGUAUAGGUUGCAAAAUAGCCAUAUUGCUCAACGAGUCAAUAGAAGGUGUAGACAAUUUUGUUCUCUUUCUCCAGAAUUGGAACAACUCAUGUUUAUGAAGGCAACUUAAUUGA